CCUACGGCGGAUGCGAUUGCUUGUUGAGAGAGACUCAUGGACUACCUUGCGGUUGUGAACUUGCAGGUUAUGAAAGAAUUCCAUAUGAGUCAAUUCAUCCAUUCUGGAAGAGACUGAGUUGGGAGCAUGUACCUGAACCUGUUGCAGAUACUAUCAGCAACCAUAUUUGCGGCAUGAACCAUGGAGAUAUGCAACCAGAAGUUGAGGCAUUGACACAUUAUUUCAGUUCUUUGGAUACUGGAGGGCAGAGUAUGGUAAGGAGGAAGCUUCAAGCUAUCUAUUGUCCUGAAAGCAGUUCACUUUGUACUCCUGAGGUUCAGAUAAGGUCCAAGCGCACUCUUAAGGCGAACGAAAGAAAACCACCCAAGGUUAAAGCAAUAGGAUCCUUGACUCGUGAUCCUUCAGGUUUUGAGCAUGUUGAUAGGGAGAUCAAAGAGGCAAAGAAGGCUUCGCAACCACCAAAGAAGAAGAAGCGUGUGAAGAAGUCUGAUACAAGCUAUUUCAUGGGUCAUUUUCCAUCCUUUUUCCACCCAUAUAUACACACAGUUCAGAAUGUUGAGGACGAUGGUAACUGUGGCUAUAGAGUCAUUGCUGCAUUACUGGGACUACCAUCAGGUGAGGAAGGUUGGCCAUGUGUUAGGGAAGCGUUGAUAGACGAACUUGAACGACACAGAGGAUUGUAUGAUGAAAUGUGGUCCAGACAUGUGGUUAAUGCCUUACAUUCUCGACUCACUCUUCCUCCUGGUCAUCCGGCUACCGAGGAUAAAUGGAUGCAACUGCCAGAGAUGGGAUACCUUGUAGCAACCAGGUUCCAAGUGGUUUUCAUAUCCAUCUCUUCUCAGGGUUGUUGGUCAUACCUUCCACUAAGAGGAGAAGGUCCACCUCCUGUACAUCGUGUUAUAGCUGUUGGUCAUGUGAUAAAUCACUUUGUACAGCUCCAUCUAACUCCUGGACAUUCUAUGCCGCCAAUUGCUCUCCAGUGGGAACGGUAUGUUGAUCCUAUAUCAGUAAGCUGGUGCGUCCCAUAUGUUACACGUUUACACAUGUUCACAUCAGAAUUGGAAGCUUGGUUUGUUACUUUUGGUGUUCCUCUUAGUCACCAAAGCUAUGUAGACAUCACCACAGACUGACACCACACUUUGUGUAAUAUUCAUUUGUAAACGCUCUGUAAUAUUAAUCUGAUGGGCCUUGCCCUUAUGUUGUUCAUUGCUGCUUUUAAUAAUAGUAAUUUGAUGGUCAUUGGUAUAUUGAUGGGCCUUAUGUUACUUAUCUUGCCUUUCA